UCUCAAUUAUUCUGCCUGCGAGUACAAAUUACAGUAGUCAUGUCGAGAGUCGAUCUAAGCCAUCGUAGUUUUACGAAAUCAACUCGCUGCAUCUUCCACAGGGUCGACGGGGAGGAGCGAGAACCAUGAAUCAGACAGUCGUCCUGUACCCCAGCGCCUUAGUCGGCCACGUCGGCCGCAUGACGAAGCUCGCCGGUGCCUUCCUCAAGCACGGCUACGACGUCACCGUGGUGCUCGUUGGCUACGGCACCACCGCCACCGAUCGUACGGCCAUCGAGGGAAUCGUCGCCUCCAACCCGUCCAUCAGCUUCCAUGUCCUCCGGCCGCCUCCUGCUCCUCCAGCCACCAGCUCCGACAGCAAGCACCCUUUACUGGUCCUGCUCGACCUCUUGCGACGGUGCAACGAGCCGCUCGGAGCCUUCCUCGGCUCCAUACCCCGUCAACGCCUCCACUCCGUGGUCAUUGACAUAUUCUGCGUCGACGCCAUUGACGUCGUCGCCGCGGCCGGCGUCCCGGUGUACACAUUCUUCGCCUCCUGCGCCUCCUGCCUGUCGGCCCUGACCCAGUUCCCGGCGCUGGUCGCCGGCAGGCAGACGGGACUGAAGGAUCUCGGGGACACGCCCCUCGACUUGCUCGGCGUCCCACCGACGCCAGCGUCUCAUUUCACCGAGGUGAUGCUGGAGCACCCGGAGGGCGAGGUGUGCAAGGCCAUAACGGAGAUCUGGAGGCGCAACACGGAGACCAUGGGGGUCCUGGUGAACACGUUCGAGCAGCUGGAGAGCCGGGCGGUGCGGUCGCUCCGGGACCCAGGCCGGAACAUGCCUGCGGUCUACUGCGUCGGGCCGUUGUUGGCCGGCGCUGGCAACGACAAAGGCAAGGACGGCGUCGACGAGUGCCUUGCGUGGCUGGACGCACAGCCAGACGGCAGCGUGGUGUUCCUCUGCUUCGGAAGCAUGGGCGUGCUCUCGGCGAAGCAGCUCAAGGAGAUGGCCGUCGGGCUGGAGAGGUCCGGGCACCGGUUCCUGUGGUGCGUGCGCGUGCCGGCGGCCGCGGCCGGUCACGUCGACGAGCACUCGGAGCAGGAGCAGGAGCCGGAGCUGGACGCGGUCCUCCCGGAGGGGUUCCUGGAGCGAACCAAGAACAAGGGCAUGGUCGUCAAGUCGUGGGCGCCGCAGGUGGAGGUGCUCCGGCACCGCGCGACGGGCGCGUUCGUGACGCACUGCGGGUGGAACUCGGUGCUGGAGUCCGUGGCGGCGGGGGUCCCGAUGCUGUGCUGGCCGCUGUACGCGGAGCAGAAGAUGAACAAGGUGUGGAUGACGGCGGGGGACGGCAUGGGCGUGGCGCUAGAGCUGGAGGGGUACCGGGACGGGUUCGUCGGAGCGGAGGAGGUGGAGGCCAAGGUGAGGCUGGUGAUGACGACGGAGGGCGAGGAAGGGGUCGUGCAGCUCAGGGCGCGGCUAAGGGGUCUCAGGGACGAGGCGGAGGCGGCGCUGGCGGACGGGGGCUCGUCGCGGGUGGACUUUCUCCGGUUCCUGUUGGACGUGAAGAAUCUCGAAGUCGGAGGGAGGGGAGCAGCUCAUCCGGUGAACAACCUGCAAAUCUUGAAUGCUGAAGCACCGUAGUUUACUCCCUCUGUAAACUAAAAUAAAAGUAUUUAGAAUACUAAAAAUAGUGAUCUAAACACUUUUAUAUUAGUUUACGGAGGGAGUACUUUACAGGAAGAGUACAAACAUUUUAUAUAGUUGGUAGGCUGCUGCUGAAUAACUUUUACGCCAUGGAUGCUUGUAUAAAUGCAUGCGGUUGUAUCUGUACCAUAAUUUUUAAGUUAAACUUUAGUAAUAACUACUCCCCUGUUUUAUAA